UGCGGGCCGUUCCUCCCGGCGUGCCCUGCAGCUACCGCCCCUUGCCUGGUGGGAAGGGGCCGAAAUGGCCGUCGCUGGCGCUGGGCCUACUCAGCUGCUCCUGCUCCUGCUGAUGGUGGCAGCAGUCCCCAGCCGGGCGCGGGACAGUAGUUGCCGGUCCGGGGCCGCUGUGCGGGGGGCUGGGACGGAAGGUCGAGAGGGCGAGAGCUGUGGCACCGUGGGGCUGCUGCUGGAGCACUCAUUUGAGAUUGAUGACAGUGCCCACUUCCGGAAGCGGGGCUCGCUGCUCUGGAACCAGCAAGAUGGUACCUUGUCUCUGUCGCAGCGGCAACUCAAUGAGGAGGAGCGGGGCCGACUCCGGGAUGUGGCAGCGCUGAAUGGCCUGUACCGUGUCCGGGUCCCGCGGCGGCCUGGGGCCUCUGAUGGCCCAGAAGCCGGAGGCUAUGUCUCCUCCUUUGUCCCUGCGUGCUCCCUGGUAGAGUCACACCUCUCGGACCAGCUGACCCUGCACGUGGAUGUGGCCGGCAACGUGGUGGGCGUGUCAGUGGUGACGUACCCCGGGGGCUGCCGGGGCCAUGAGGUGGAGGACGUGGACCUGGAGCUGUUCAACACCUCUGUGCAGCUGCAGCCGCCAGUCCCGGCCCCAGGUCCCGAGACAGCCGCCUUCAUCGAGCGCAUGGAGAUGGAGCAGGCCCAGAAGGCCAAGAACCCCCAGGAGCAGAAGUCCUUUUUCGCCAAAUAUUGGCACCUCAUCCUGGGGGGGGCCUGUUGCUCACAGCCCUGCGUCCUGCUGCCCCGGGGCCCACGCUGCAGCCACAGGAGGCCUGAUGGAUGUACAUCAUUCCCGUGGUCCUGUUCCUCAUGAUGUCUGGAGCACCAGAUGCCGGGGGCCAGGGUGGGGGCGGGGGUGGUGGUGGUGGUGGGGGCAGUGGUCGGUGAGGGGCCCAGGGCCCAUAAGUGCCCCAUCUUCUUUCGCCCAGGAGACACCCUUCCCGCCCGGCAGGCCCGUGUCCUUGGUCAUCCUGGGAAGAACUUUGACCGCCCCUCUAGUCUCCUCAUCCCAGGAGGGUAGGUGGGCUCCCCACCCCCCCAGGAGUCCCUUCCCUCUGGACCUCGGCAUUCCUGUCGGCAGAGGGGUGGCUGGAUUCUGGGUCCUGCUGCAUCCCUUCUGUGGCCCUGCUGUAGGUCCAGAGGCUUCCCUUUGCCACAAGAUUGAGCCCAAGCUCCUAGUCCAGCUCUGACCUCGUGUCUAGUACCUGUUCCCCCAACAACCACCCCGCCCCAAGCCCCAAGCCCUACAGUUUGGGAACAUGCCAGGUUCUCUCCAGCCUCUGUGCCUUUGUUUAUGGUCUUACCGCCUUGACUGGCCCUGGCCAGGCUAGAUGGUCCCCCUAACUUGUCUGACACUGGAUUGGGAUGCCCACCUCCUGUCUAUCUGCCCUUUAGGGUACCCUGGGGCUCCUCGAAGCCCAGAGCCUGGCACAGAGCAGGGGUGGGCUGGUUGUGGGCGUCCCCUGCUCUGUUCCACUGCACAGCCUUGCCCCCUGCUCUGGCCUCUAUCUGCUGAGUUUGAAUAAUUGCCAUCAGGAUGCCAGGCCUCUGGGCUUGAAGAAAUGAUGUUGAAAGUCAAAACAAAACAAACAUUUAGUGGAAUCAGGGGCCCUGAUGAUAUAAAUAGAACCCCUUCCGCCACCCAGAUGUCUUCCCUAGGACCCUGCCAGGUCUUUGUUAUUUAUCUCCCCUCCUCCUCUUGCCUAUUUAAAAACAUUGACAGGAUAAUAUAUUAAAAUAGACAGACGUUUUGGAAAGUUAAAACUUGCAGCAACCAAAUGGCAGCCGUUGACUUGGCCGCAAGGUGGUCAUGAUAUACAAGCUUUAUUCCGUUGUUUGCUGCAUGCAUUAAACAAAAAAAGUGGCCACUGUGUUGUGUAGCAGUUUAUUAAACUGCCCCCCAAAUUUCAGCGUUCAGCUUGCUUCCUGCUUUAUGUGGUUAUAAAUAGCCCGACAGCC